GCAAAAAGAGAUUUCAGUGAAACUGGGAAUCCUGAACCAAAAGUUGAGAAGAUGGGAAAUGCAGAAAGCAAUGCCUAUCAGAAUCACCUUUCCAGAUUUCUUCCCGAGGAGCAGUCUGACAUUGAUGGAGUAUUUGAUACCUUAUCAGGACCGAGUGGCUCAGCUGGAGCAAAAAAUGGCAAAGCUACAAAGAAAACUGUGACACUGGCAGCACUACAGGCUUAUAUGCGAGAGCCAUUACCAGAGCAAAUGACUCUUCGGUUAUACAAUGGAAUGAAAAGUAUUGACCUGACUGGGAAAUCGUCUGGGCUGAGUGAACAGAUUGCUAAGGAGCAGUUUGUAAUUUUUAUGUCAAACCUCUUAAAAGGGAACGCAGAGGAGAAGAUUUCCAUAAUAAUGAGAAUGAUCUCCAAGACAGAAGGGCCUGUGAAGGGCAAACAAAUCCAAGAGUUCACAGAGGAUCUGAUCAUGUCUGUAGUCCAUGUACUGAGCUACAGGAAGGAACUGAAAGGUUGGAAUUUGGAGAAUACCAGCGAUUCUGCAAGUGGAGUAAAGGCUCUGGCUUCUCAGCUGCUCUCAGAAUUGAAGCUUGCAGAUGGGACAAAACCUGUGGGUCCUCAGAUGAUGGAGACAAAGUUUGAUCAAAGUCUUAUUGAGGAUUGGGUGUACCGAGUUCCACAGAUCUCAGUUUUCCUCAGUGUUGUUAUCAGGCAAGGCCUCCAUGUUCUGCAUUCUCUCCCAGACCAAACAAAAGACAUAGCCAACCUGGUUCCAGGCUGCAAAGGCAUCAAAGGAAGAGGACUUGUCAGUCUCUUUGACAUCCCAGCCAUCAUCUACAUCAACUCCCAUCUGCCUGCAGAGCUACAGCACAAGUGGCAGCUUUUAUUUUCUUCUAAGCUUCAUGGAGAAAGCUUUUCACAGUUAUGUGGGCAUAUAGUGCACAAAGGUCCUUGCAUAGUGGUCUUGAAGGACUUAGAUGGUUAUGUCUUUGGUGGGUUUGCAUCUCACUCCUGGGAGGUAAAGCCACAGUUUCAAGGUGACAACAGAUGCUUUCUGUUUUCUGUUUUCCCGUCUCUUGCUGUAUACAUGUACACAGGGUAUAAUGACCACUACAUGUAUUUGAACCAUGGCCAACAAACAAUGCCAAAUGGACUUGGUAUGGGUGGACAGCAUGGGUACUUUGGACUCUGGAUAGACAGCGACUACGGGAAGGGACACAGUAAAGCAAAACCUCGAUGCACCACCUACAACAGUCCCCAGCUGUCAGCUAAAGAGGAUUUUACACUGGAUGCCAUGGAAGUUUGGGCAGUGGGAGACCUCCCUGAAAGCACAGGGAUGAAAGGUAAGAAGAGUAUCCUGGAUGUAGAUCCUGAGGCUCAGGCCUUAUUAGAAAUGACUGGGAAAAGUCGUCAGAGUGAAGGUCUGCGAGAACCCAUGGAAGAGGAUGAUGACGAUGAUGAGAACUAAAAG